AUGGUAGAACUAAUUACCAAGAACAAAGCGGAGAUUACGAGGGAAAAGAGAAAAGGAGAGCUCCCUCCAAUGGAAGAUUUGACAUUACCAGAAGCAGUUUCUCCUCUUCCAGAAGAACCUAGUGUAACCUCAAAUGAUAGUGGAGUUAUAACAGAGCCUGAGAUGCAACAACCUGAAUCAAAACCAGAGAAUAAUGAAGCAAUUCAGCAAUCUAUAGGUGAAGAAGAUUCAACUGAAAAUGGGAAAAUCUAUCUGGAUGACACUUUUUUCCCCUCCAGUUUAUCAAACACUCAAGCAGAAGAAACACAAGAAGAUUCUUCCUCUUCUACUACUACUCCUACUUUUGUUCCUGAGAUUGCUCUGCCUCGCGUGAAGAUUAUUAAGUAUGGAUCAGAGGGCAGCACAACACGAAACAGAGUGUCUCCAAGAUAUCUUUCUUCCCAAAGAAGCCUCGGAUCCCCAAGAUUUGGAGGAUCAUCAUCACCAUUGAGCAAUGGAACACCCAAAACUCUAGAUUCUUACAGAGACUCUAUCGACACAGCAUCACCUUUUGAAUCUGUUAAAGAAGCUGUCUCAAAAUUUGGAGGAAUCACUGAUUGGAAAGCACAUAGAAUGCAAGUCUUCGAGCGACGCAAGUUUGUGGAACAAGAGCUCGAAAAGAUGGAGGAGGAGAUUCCUGAGUACAAGAAAAGAUCAGUGGCGGUCGAGAUGUCAAAAAUGCUAGCGGUUGAGGAGUUAGAGAGCACAAAGAGACUCAUAGAAGAGUUGAAGCUUAAUCUUGACAAGGCGGAAACAGAGGAGAAACAGGCGAAACAGGACUCAGAGCUCGCAAAGCUGAGAGUCGAGGAGAUGGAACAAGGCAUUGCUGAUGAAGCUAGCGUUGCAGCUAAAGCACAGCUUGAAGUUGCUCAAGCGAGACACACAUCUGCGAUUUCUGAACUGGAAUCUGUCAAGGAAGAGCUACAGACUCUGGAAAAGGAGUAUGAUGCUUUGGUAGAAGAGAAUGAGUUGGCUGUGAAGGAAGCCGAAGAAGCAGUUUCAGCUUCUAAACAAGUUGAGAGGAAAGUUGAAGAACUCACCAUAGAGUUGAUAGCUACAAAGGAGUCACUGGAAUGUGCACAUUCUUCUCAUUUGGAAGCAGAAGAACAUAAGAUCGGAGCAGCCAUGUCGCGUGAUCAGGAGACUCACCGGUGGGAGAAGGAACUAAAGCAAGCAGAGGAACAACUCCAGAGACUUACGCAAAACAUAGUUUCUACAAAGGAACUUAAAAUGAAACUUGACGCUGCUUCAGAAUUGCUUCUUGAUUUGAAGAAAGAAUUGGCAGAUCAUAUGGAAUCAUCCAGGGUGAAGGAGGAAUCAGGUGACUCUGUAGCAAACAGUGAGAUCUCGUUACAGGACAGAUCCCAUACAGAUAUACAAACAGCUGUUGCGUCUGCAGAGAAGGAGCUCGAAGAAGUGAAUGUGAACAUCGAGAAAGCAAUAUCUGAAGUGAAAUCUUUAAAGGUAGCCUCCUCUUCCUUGAGACUGGAACUUGAGAAUGAGAAAUCAUCACUUGACUUAAUCAAACAAAGAGAAGGGAUGGCAUCGAAAGCUGUUGCUUCUCUAGAAGCUGAGAUCGACAUGACGAGGUUCGAGAUAGCUCUUGUUGUGUCCAGGGAAAAAGAAACUAGAGAGGAAAUGGUGGAGCUACCUAAACAGCUGCAGCAAGCGACUCAAGAGGCUGAUGAAGCGAAAUCAUUCGCUGAACUUGCUCGUGAAGAGCUGAGGAAGUCUCAGGAAGAAGCAGAGCAAGCAAAGGUUGGAGCAAGUGUAAUGGAGAGCAGAUUAUUUGCAGCUCAGAAAGAAAUUGAGGCUGCUAAAGCCUCGGAGAGGUUGGCAUUAGCUGCCAUCAAGGCCUUGCAAGAGAGCGAAUCUGCUUUGAAGGAAAGCAAUGUUGAUUCUCCGAGAAGCGUGACGCUGACAUUAGAGGAGUACUACGAGCUUAGCAAGCGUGCUCAUGAGGCCGAAGAAGAAGCCAACGCAAGGGUUGCAGCGGCGGUUUCUGAGAUCGAGAAAGCCAAAGAAUCAGAGAAGAGGAGCUUGGAGAAGCUGGAAGAAGUAAACAGUGAGAUGGUUGCGAGAAAGGAAACACUUACAGAAGCAAUCGACAAGGCUGACAAGGCUAAAGAAGGGAAGUUAGGUGUAGAACAAGAGCUGAGAAAAUGGAGAGAGGAACAUGGACAAAAGAGAAAGACUGGUGGUGAUACUGGAGUGAACAUAGAGAAAAUUCACAUAGAAGGGUCCAAAGAGAAAGAAGCGGAGUCUAAUGAGUCAUACAUAACAGAAACAAACCCAAUCCCAGAGGCAACUCCUGGAAAGAAAAAGAAGAAAUUAUUCCCAAGAUUUUUUAUGUUCUUAAUGAAGAAGAAGUCACAUAAGUGAGUUUGUUGUGAAAAAGUUGAUUUAUGUAAAAUUCUAUAAAUUUAAAUCUAUACUAUAAAAGAAGAGUUAAGCCGCCUCA